AUGGGGGAGGUGAUGCGGGCUGUUGGGGGCAUGUUAGAUGUCAAACUUGCGGGGAUUGGAGUCAGGCUCCUCUCUGAGCCUGUGCUGCGUCCUCCGCUGGCGGCAUCGGCUCGUGGGCCAAGAGCCCCCGAGCGUUCUGUGGAGUGGGGGGGCCUGGGGUCCCCAGAUGUUUCAGGGCCCCGGGACCCUGGCGGCCCUAGUGAUGGAAGCUGGGCGACCGUCACCAAAGGGAAAAAGGGAAAGGGAAAGAAGGGUGGUCCUCCCGCUGCGUCGAUCCUUCCUCCUGUGAGUGGGGGAAGUGGUCUUGUGGGCCGGGCGGUGGACCAUGGAGUGGAUCACGGCAUCGGCUGGGCGAGUGGCAGCCGAAAAAAGGCCUGCCAGGGUGCAGCCUUCGCUCACUCCGCCGAAAACUGCCGCAGUGGUCCUCACGCUGCGGAGAGAGGCCGAGAAGCGGGGGGUCACGUAUGA